AUGAAGGCCGUCGUCAAGACACCCGAUGGGAGUUGGAAGCCAAACCCGGAUUACCAGGUAGACCAAACGCGCAUCGAUAAAGCUCUGGCCGAGAAGGCCGAGUGUGAAGCUCGUAUUGCAGAUGCAGAGAAGUGCGUCGAUUCUGCGCUCGAUUCAUCCUCGACUCCAAUUUUGGGCGCCAAAAUUGAUCUCGCAGGCGCCGAGUACCAUACCGAGAAAAGCUCCAAAAUGCCGAUGCUGAAACAGACACCCAAAGAGCGCCAAGAGGGUCGUCAGAUCAAUACGGAUUUACUAGCAUUGAAGGAGGUCAUGAGGGCCUGGUCAACCAGCCAGACGAUGAUCCCUUUUAGGUCAUCGCCGUUGACCAUGGUGCUACGUGAACAUUUUGUCCGGUCGGCUGAGAAAGGAAGCUCAUCAAUGAUUCUGACGGUGUCAUCUGAGAGGGGGCAGUAUGCUGCGACAUUGAACUCUUUGAAUUACUGGAGCCUGAUGGGAGCGGUAAAGGCUUGA